UUAUUCCAAUUUUGACCCCCUCCCGAAGGGAGAAGAAAGAAAGAAGGCUCUUGAAUCAACUGUGACUUGUUCGGCUUUCGCACCCAAAGCAUAUUCCUUUGGCCUUUCGUACAUGCAAGAACACGACACUUUUGAAUGCAGAACAGCACGAACGAGGAUCGAACUUGGCCCAGAUUGAUCUCGCCGUGAAAGCCCAAACUGGUUCUGAUGAUCCCAGGUGUUUAUAAUGUGUCUUGAUUGAUAUCAUAAACCCAAUUUCUGACUGAGGAAGUUUAAGGUGCCAAUCUGGGUAGAAUUGUAGGACAUAGCAGAAGCAUGAAGAAUAAUUGGUUAGGUUUAGGGGAUUUAGAUGAAGGGUCUCUGUACAAUUUUCCGCUAGAGCCUCUGAUUUUACAUAGUGUUGGGGGGCAUGUGUUUUCACAUAUUAGUUCAUUUAUGGGCAAUUCAUUGCACCACUGUAGAUACUUUCACAUGCCUGGAAAUUCAGCUCUUGAAGGCGUGUUUAAUCAUAUUUCAAAGGUUGCUGGUGCUUUACGAGUGAUGUUUGCUUCUGGGAUUAGUACAAAUGCUACUGAGGCAAUAGCAGGUGAUAGUUGUGAACCUGGAAGCUCCAGUUCUUCUGCUCAAGUAACAGGCAUUACCUCAAGUAGACAAAGAUUUAAAGGACUUCACUUGAGUUUUGGUUCAAAAGUAGAUUUUAAUAGCCCCAUGGAUUUUGGUAAGAUAUCGACUUCUGUAAUGCGGUUCCUACAAAAAGAAGCUGAAAGGCAAUGUUCAUAUUCCUUGCUCUCAUUAGCUACAGGACUUGCACCACCUUUUGGCAACUUAUCUACAAACAUGUUAGCUGUUUCAUCAGCAAGCACUGAUGUUUUCGAUCAAAGGCCUUGUGAGGUUGGGCGGCAAGGAUGUGGUGGUCUAUCUUUUCCCGAUUUGGACUGGAGAAAACAUGCAGUAGAGCCUAGAACUGGCAUUGAGUUCCCUAUGGUUUUGGACAAUAUUUUAACAGCAGGCAACAAUUCCAGUUUAAGUUCAGAGGUCCUUGUGGGAACUGGAUCCAGAACAAUGACAAUAAUUAGAAUAAAAACUCUGAAGCUCUAUGCAUUUGGCUUUUAUAUUCAUCCCAACUCUGUUUGCAAGAAAUUGGGUCAAAAAUACGCUUCCAUUUCAUUUGAUGAACUAAACAAACGCCAUGAUUUUUAUCAGGACCUUCUCAGGGAAGAUAUUGAUAUGACACUUAGGCUUGUUGUUAGUUGCAAUGGGAUGAAAGUCAAUACUGUGAGAGAUGCCUUUGAGAAAUCCCUUCGAGCCCGACUGGUGAAGACAAAUCCAGAGACUGACUAUCAUUGCAUAACAACAUUUGGUUCAAACUUCACACAAGAUAUUCCAUUGCCAGCGGGAACAACAAUUGAUUUUCAACGAACAGCUGAUGGAAAAUUAAUUACUAAAAUUGGAGAUAAUCAUGUUGGAGCAGUCCAAAGCAAAGAACUGUGCAGGGCAUUCUUUGACAUGUACCUGGGAGAUGUUCCCGUGUCAGAGCAAACAAAAGAAGAGAUUGGCAAGAAUGUUGCUACUAUUAUUAAACGUUGCUGAAAUGGUUCAUUUAUCUCCAUUGCUCCCCUUUUUUUUUAAGGGGCUAGUGGUUUGUUGAGGACAUGAACUGCUCACGACGACAAAGUUGUCAUUGCCGAAGAGCAUUACAAGGCAUGAGUGAGUGCGUUUUAUCUGGCCCUUUUGUGCCUUUCAGAGGGUGAUCAUUUGCUUACCAGUCUGCAAUUCUUUGCAGCCAUUCUAUGGGGAUUUUAGAUCUACACAAGUUAGAUGUAGGAUUAUGUAGUUGUCUCCCCCAUACCAAGUGUAGCAUUUGAACUAUAUGUAAAAUCUAUAUUUCAUUUUCAUAAUCUUUUCUGCUGAAGAUAGCAGCUACCCAACAUUUCUAGUCAGAUACAAAUCAGUCCAAAGCUAUUGGACUUUCAAAACCUAUUCGUGGGACCUUGUGGAGAUUUUAUUUGAGUA